ACUGCACUGAAACUGAGAUCCGCAGAUAGAGAUGAAGGUAGAGAGAGUAGCACGCAUGGCAGCCAUUUGUCGAAACAAGCACUUCUGCGCUUCACGUUUGCCUUCCAUGCACAUCUCCGGUCCUCUUCUCUCUCGCCAAAUAAGCAUGAAGACCGAUAAUCUUGUUGCUCAUCUAAGGACUGCUGGUCUGUUAAAGACCCAGGGUCUUAUUGGAGGGAAAUGGACUGAUGCAUAUGAUGGGAAGACAAUUCAGGUUCGCAAUCCAGCAACUGGUGAAGUUAUAGCAGAUGUCCCAUGCAUGGGUGGGAAGGAGACAAAUGAUGCAAUUUCUUCUGCUCAUGAUGCAUUUCAGUCUUGGAGCAAAGUCACUGCCACUGAGAGGAGCAAAUGCUUAAGGACAUGGUAUGACUUGUUAAUUUCACACAAAGAAGAACUUGGACAACUAAUAACCUUAGAGCAAGGAAAACCCCUAAAAGAAGCCAUUGGUGAGGUCACCUAUGGAGCUAGUUUUAUUGAGUUCUUUGCGGAGGAGGCAAGACGAAUAUAUGGUGACAUAAUCCCAGCAACUCUUGGUGAUCGUCGGUUGUUGGUUCUAAAGCAGCCUGUUGGGGUUGUUGGAGCAAUUACACCGUGGAACUUUCCCUUGGCUAUGAUCACUCGUAAGGUUGGUCCUGCCCUUGCUUCUGGUUGUACAGUGGUUAUAAAGCCCUCUGAAAUGACUCCGCUGACAGCCUUAGCAGCAGUAGAGCUUGCCCGUCAAGCUGGAAUACCACCGGGUGUUCUGAAUGUGGUUAUGGGAAAUGCUCCCGAUAUUGGAGAUGCUUUACUUGGAAGUUCACAGGUAAGAAAGAUAACAUUCACGGGCUCUACGGCUGUGGGAAAGAAGUUGAUGGCAGGUUCUGCUGGAACUGUUAAAAGGGUGUCUUUGGAACUUGGGGGCAAUGCACCCUGCAUAAUUUUUGAUGACGCAGACCUGGAUGUGGCAGUGAAAGGAUCACUUGGAGCGAAGUUCCGUAAUAGUGGACAAACGUGUGUCUGUGCUAAUCGAAUAAUUGUACAAGAAGGUAUCUAUGACAAAUUUGCUGAGGCUUUUUCAAAAGCUGUUCAAAAUUUGCAAGUGGGGAAUGGAUUUAGUGAAGGGGUGGUACAGGGUCCACUAAUUAAUGAAGCUGCAGUGCAAAAGGUUGAAAAAUUUGUUCAAGAUGCUAUCUCAAAGGGAGCAAAAGUUCUUCUCGGGGGCAAAAGACAUAGCCUUGGAAUGACUUUUUAUGAGCCUACAGUUAUCAGUGAUGUCAACAAUGAGAUGAUUUUAUCCAGAGAGGAAAUAUUUGGACCUGUGGCUCCACUUUUGCGGUUCAAAACAGAGGAGGAUGCUAUCCGCAUUGCUAAUGACACUAAUGCAGGAUUAGCAGCAUAUAUUUUCACCAACAAUAUUCAACGUUCAUGGCGUGUCACUGAAGCACUUGAGUAUGGACUUGUUGGUGUCAAUGAAGGACUUAUUUCAACAGAGGUGGCUCCAUUUGGAGGAGUAAAACAGUCUGGUCUAGGACGGGAAGGCUCCAAGUAUGGGAUGGAUGACUUUCUAGAGCUCAAAUACGUAUGCUUGGGAGAUAUGAACAGAAAGUGAGAUGCAAGGGAGUUUCCGGCGUGAAGUUUUGGCAGGAGAGUCACUUUCCGAGGCAUAGAAGAUGAGCUGCAGAUCUUUGUAGCUUGUGUUGUGUACAUAAAUAAGUGCAAAGCAUAUUUGAAGGACAAAUGUUUCGUGCUACUUCUGUUUUAUAUGAUGCUUUGUUUCAGUCCUUCCUGCUUAUUCAGCCGAAUGCUUAUCGUUAGCUGUCUUUCAUUUUCAAGUGGAAAUGGGUAAUUUAAGCUGUGUACUUGACUUUUUAAGGUGUGUUGCUCAGGAUCACUUUUUUAUCUUAUCCCUAAUAAAAAUAUCAUUGAUAGUCA